ACGAUUGUGACAUUAAGUAUAGCUGUUUUUUGUAUCUCGACAUUAAAAGCUGUUUUUUUUGUUUUCUGAGAGAAAUUCAAUGUUUUAUACCGAAAACAAAAGUCUUUUGUGUGUCGCGGUCAUUAUUCUAACAAAUAUCAGCUACGAAAUGCUUUCGGUUCAUAUAUUUUUACCGGUUUAAUAGAAAAAUAUUCGAAAUAGUUCCAAAAUUUGUAGAAGCGCGAUCCGUCGGUGUUAUGUUUCUGUUGAAUUUUCAUCGUAUUAUUCAAUAUUUCGAAGUUUACUGUGAUAUUGUUGGACUAUAGAUUGAUUGGACGUAACUAAUUGUGCAUCAAGUGUGCAAAUCAACAAUUUAAUAAUAAUAAUAGUGCAAUAGUGUCAAAUGGAGGCCCCAUUUCGACCUCCUCACAAAAACAUCAUGGAGUUUCGAAUGGUGAAAUAUCAUCGUACAGUGCUUUAAACAAUAAUCGUGUCGUAAACAGUUUAGACGUUAAACCGAAUAAUAAUAAUUUAAGUGAUACAACACCAACAUCGGCCCCAUUACUAGUUGGCACAACAACAGUGGCCUCAAAUGGCAAUAAUAAAAUUAGUGCACAAAAUAAUAACACAUUUGCUUCUAAUUCGAUUGUGGCCGUAACCUCUCAACAAUAUCAAACGUCACAUCAGCAGCAAGCUCAGCUUCAGCCAAACCAAUCACCAUCGACAAUAAUGUCCAAAAAUAAUGAGCCCGUCAAAUUAGUCUAUCCGAGUCAGACUGGUGUUUCUCAGCCAGCCGUCAUCAAUAUGAACAGCAAUCGAGUGACAUUCACCAGUCAAUCAAUACCGAAUGGAACAAUAAAUCUAUCAACAUUGACGACACAACAACAACAGGGGAUAAUUCAAACAUCAUCAACUGGAAUGACAUCAGUCGGUGGUAAUGCAUCCGGAUUAAAAACGACAGCACCCCAACAACAACAGCAACAACCAACAUUGGUUAUUCAGAAACAGGGAACAAAUCAAAAUAUGACGAUGAUGCCUGGCGUCCAAAUAGUGAAUAUGAGACCAUCAACACCAACAGCACCGACCCAACAAAAAACAGUUGCAACCGUAUCACCUCGUGUUGUAAUUGGUAGUUCACAUAUGGUCGGAGCACGUCCGGGACAAGCAAAUUCGAUAACACUAAGUCAACUGCAAAACAUACAAGCGACUGGUCCGCCCGGUCAGGCGAUUCUACUCAAAACGGAAAAUGGGCAAUUUCAAUUGUUGCGUGUCGGUCCAUCGCCCGUUGUGCCAGGUCAACAAAAUUUAGCCAAUCAGAAUCAAACGAUUCGUUUACAAACUGUACCAGCUCAGCAACAAUCACAGACGAUUGUGUCAUCAGCCGCUGCCACCAGUAUAGUUGUAAAUUCAGUAACACAUACGGCACCGAUACAAGCGACACAACCUAGUGUAGCAACGCCACCGGUCGCAUCCGUAGCACCAGUACCUUCGAAUGCCACUCCAGCUAAUCAACAAAAUACCAAAGAGAAAUGCAGAAAAUUCUUAGCUAAUUUAUUGGAACUGUCGAGUCGAGAACCAAAACCAGUAGAAAAGAAUGUGAGAACGCUCAUACAAGAGUUGAUUGAUGCGAAUGUAGAGCCUGAAGAAUUUUGCGAUCGCCUUGAACGUUUGCUGAACGCUAGUCCACAACCAUGUCUAAUAGGAUUUUUAAAGAAAAGUUUGCCGCUAUUGAGACAAUCGCUGGUAACGAAGGAAUUAGUUAUCGAAGGAAUCAGACCACCACCUCACCAUAUUGCAUUUACUGGUACUUUAACACCCAAUAUUCCAGCUCAAGUUCGACCAAUUGGACAAGCGAUAACAUCCACUGGACAGGCACAGGUCCGAAUGGUUCAACAAAUUCAAAGACCAAUUGGCCAAACAACAAUAACACGACACACAGCCCCCGUUCGAAUACACGGACCAAUUGUGAACACAACCACAAAUCAACGAAUCAACAAUGCAACCACAAUUUCGCAAAUUCGACCCAGCACGACGACGAUUGUGCAAACUACAAAUAUGCAACAAAAUAUACCGGCCUUACAACCAGUUAGUGCUCCAAUCAGCGGGUUUACGCCUGGCGGCGCUCAAAUUCGACCUCCUCCUAUCGUCGGUGUGGCUCGGGCGCCUGCUGGUUUGCAGAUACGUCAAGCAACGGCAACCACAAUCAGACAACAAGUAGCCCAGCCAAAAAAUGCACCAGCCGUCACACAUAUGAAAGUUGGAUCAACGCAAAUCAAACAGAUCACAGCGAAUUCAAGUGGACCAGCAAGUAGUAAUGCCAGUUUAACACCGACUACUCCAACACCUACUGGGAAAGCCUUAACUGUAAAAACGCCAGUUACAUCUCAAGCCUCAUCCAAAGCAACCACAAAAGAUAAAGACAAAAAAGCCGCUUCAUCGUCAUUCUAUCAGAACUCUAUGUCGUCAAUGUCUUCGUCAAUGUAUGGCGAUGAUGAUAUCAACGAUGUUGCGGCUAUGGGUGGCGUAAAUCUAGCCGAAGAAUCGCAACGCAUUUUAGGCUCUACCGAAUUGAUUGGUACGCAAAUAAGAUCCUGCAAAGACGAAGUAUUUUUACAUUUGCCAGCGUUGCAACAACGAAUUCGUAACAUUGUUGCUAAACAUGGAUUGGAGGAGCCGAGUAAUGAAGUCAAUGUACUGAUAUCACAUGCGACCCAAGAAAGGCUGAAAAAUAUCGUUGAAAAACUGGCUGUGAUUGCUGAACAUAGAAUUGAUAUAAUUAAGGUGGACCCACGUUAUGAAGUAACAAAGGACGUUCGUGGGCAAAUAAAAUUUUUAGAAGAAUUGGAUAAAGCCGAGCAAAAGCGGCAUGAGGAACAAGAACGGGAAAUGCUGAUGCGAGCAGCCAAAUCUAGAUCGAAAACGGAAGAUCCGGAACAGGCGAAACUGAAAGCAAAGGCGAAGGAAAUGCAAAGAGCAGAAAUGGAGGAAUUGAGGCAAAGAGAUGCUAAUUUAACAGCGUUACAAGCAAUUGGACCGAGAAAAAAGCCCCGAUUAGAAGGUGACACGACCACAACGUCAACGACUGGUGCAACUGGCUCUGGCACAACCGGCAAUCCACCCGCUCCACUUCGACCGCGCAUCAAGCGUGUCAAUCUGAAAGAUAUGAUUUUCUACCUGGAACAGGAACGAGAAACGUGUAGAAGUUCUAUGUUGUACAAAGCAUAUCUCAAGUGAUUGAUAGUACUGGUAUCUUCAGGGAUACUAAUGUUGAUUGUGGGUAAAGUGCUGCUUAUGCGUUUCCCGUCGAACGGGUAUGAUUUAAUGAAUUAUUGUUUGUAAUUCGAUUUCGAAUACGGUUAUGGUCGAAUUAAUUGUUUAACUUCCUUUUAUUUUUAUAAAUCAAUUUUGAAAAGAGAAUCACGAAAAUAGUUACACAAAACACAACGACCAAAAUGGACGCUUUGAUUUAUCGAGCUCUAGACUAUGUUUAUUUUGCGCAUCGAAAUAUGACGUAAAUGAAUAUUGAAAAUGUGUUUUUGUUCUUUUCUCCCCUCUUCGAUUAACGCUAAAAUGCAUAAUGUAUGCUGUGCUGUGAUGAUGUGAAUUAAUCAU